CACAUGGCCGUGAUUCUGCCACUUCGCGACAUCCAAAGGGCGCGCCUGAACGUCAAAACUGCUGUCGCAUACCAAUUGUCAAAGUGCAACACACACGUAUCCGUACACUCACAAUGGCUUCCACAGACGCUACCAUCCGCCACGCCACGCGCGAAGACGUCCCCACAAUUCUGUCACUCAUCCAAGAGCUCGCCGACUACGAGAAAGCCUCGUCCUCGGUGCACGCCACCACCGAGUCCCUCACCCGCACCCUCUCGCACGCCGACCCUUCGGACCCCGAGAACCCCGACAAAUUCUCCAAAGGCUACGCAAAGACCCUGCUCGUCACCGACCCCGAUGGCACCGUCGCCGGCAUGGCCCUGUACUUCUACAACUACAGCACCUGGACCGGCGUGCCUGGCAUCUACCUCGAAGACCUGUUCGUCAAAGACGCGUACCGCAAGAAGGGCUACGGCGUGUUGCUGCUCAAGAGCCUGGCCAGGGAGGUGUUGAAGGUCGGCGGCAAGAGACUCGAGUGGAGCUGUCUAGACUGGAAUGAGCCGAGCUUGCUGUUCUAUCAGAGCGAGAAGAUUGGCGCGAGUAAGAAGGCGGAGUGGGUUGGCUUGAGGGUCGAGGGGGAGAAGUUGAGUAAGCUUGCUGAGUAGAUUGGCUACGGGUAGGGAUAUGAAUUGCACGAAUAUCACGCCCCCUCCAUCGCU